GUUUCCGAUGUGGGACAAAUCCUCUAACACGCCCCCUCAGUCCGAACCAAGCUGGACAAUAUCGUGGUGUAUAAAUGAGCCAAACAAACCCUUAACAAGCUACCCGUAAUCAUGAGUGCUAAACAAGCAGUCAAACCACAACCGGAAUUGGCUCUGAUACCAUGUUAAGACUCGGGCUUCCAUCCUAAAAGAUCAACCUUAUAGGAGAAGUAGCUCAGAUAAGGCACAACUAAAUUAAACUUAGUGUAAGAUCAAUGGAAGGAGGAACAUUGCUUACCCCAGCUUUAGAAGAAAUGAAGCAUGUCAAGUCAGGAAGCGGAGACAUGCUCACCAAGCCAUUCUUAAAUGUUUGCAAACUCAUCUUGCCUAUUCUAGAUAAAUUAGGAGCUGCCAUGACUAUGGUGAAAUCUGAUAUAAGUGGAAACAUUUCAAGAUUGGAAUCAAAAUAUGAAACGAAUCCAUCAAGAUACAAUUAUUUGUACAGUUUUGUACAGGCAGAAGUUGAAACAAAAUCUGCCAAAUCAUCAUCCAGUUGCACCAAUGGUCUUCUUUGGCUCACCAGGGCAAUGGAUUUCAUAGUGGAACUUAUCCAUAACUUAGCUCAGCAUCAGGAUUGGUCAAUGUCACAAGCGUGCAGUGAUUCAUACGCUAAAACUUUGAAAAGCUGGCACGGAUGGCUUGCUAGUUCUAGCUUUACGGUUGCAAUUAAGCUUGCUCCGGAUAGGAAGAAGUUCAUGGAGGUAAUAGUUGGAGCUGGGAAUAGCUAUGAGGAGAUGGAGGCUUUGUACACAUCAUUUUCACCCAUUCUUCAAGAGAUUCACAAAUUUUUGAGAAGUGUUGGUUUGGACAAUAUGAAAGCUUCGUGAUGUCAUACACCAAACUUUACCGCAUCGUGUUCCUGUCAUCUAAUUAAUUUCCGUAUGUAUAUUUUCUGGAGAGUUAAUGUUAUGUUAAUGUUAAUUACAUAAUUAAUGUGACAUAAUAUCAACAAUCAACCUGAUAUUUGCACCAGCACUCGACCAAAGCCAUAGCAAUUUAAAAAGAGUGUACUGAAAUCACUUAAAAGAUAUGACAAAUUGACAACCACCUUUUAGGCACAUUUGGUACCAACUCCAUUUUUUUAACAAAACUUUGUAGUUUGUACCCAUCUUUACGUUAUUUAUAAUGC